AUGGGAGACGCUCAAUAUACCAGUAACAUACAGAACCAAGAGAAAAGAGAGCAAGAAGAACAACAGAGACAGAACCUGCUGGAAGCUCGAAGGGUUACACUCAGGGCUAUACUGACAAUAGAGGCCCAGGAACGAUUGAAUAGAAUUUCUAGUGUAAAGCCAGAAAAGGCAGCGAUGAUAGAGAAUUACCUUCUGCAGAGGUUUUCUUACUCGAAUAUAAAGGUUGACGACGCUCAACUCAAGCAUAUAAUUGAGGGAAUCACUAAAUCGCAAACAAAAAACACAAGCAUACGCAUUCAGAGGAAGAGAUGGGAUGACGAGGAUGAUGAUGACGACGAUUUUUGA